CAUGGCUUAAUAAAGUUGUUGUCGAUACCAAGUCAUUAUAUUACAUCCCAAAGGCCCUAUAUACGCAUCAUCUUUAACCAUCUCUCUAAAGUUGUUUUGUGGUUACCGCGAGCUAUUUUUUUGCAAUUUGAGAGUGUUUGCCCGAUUCCGAAAAUGUGGAUGCUUGUUUGUGUCGUUAUCACUGUUUGUUAUGGCGAAGCGCGUUCAUCGUUGCCUUCUCCAUCCGAGGCCAAUGUACGACUCUUCCUCACCAAGAAAGGCAUUGAUUAUGUUCCAAGGUCAACAAAGUCAACCUGGGAUCUUCGUCUCUCAGCUUCGGCUAUGGGCACAUGAAACUGUCACUUCACCUCAGCUCAGCUGAAAUUGUUGGAAAAUAUAACUACAGGGGGGGCAUUAUUGGCUGGGGUAGAGGGACAUAUCGAGUGAAACUGACGCGAGUCUCGCUCACCAAAUACCUGUCCUUAGGAGCAAAUGCCAAAGGAAAACCUUAUAUUAAGAACAGAGGAUGCAACACCUGGAUUGGUGACAUAGACCCAAUAUUUCGAGGAGAAUCCAGCUUCAUCCUUAACUUAUUUGUGCAGUUAGUCAAGACAUCCGUCCAACAAGAUGUUCAAAAAAUGAUCUGUAAAUCUAUCACCGAUGGUAUCAAUGAAAGAGGAAGAAAGCUACCUCAAAUGUACCAAGACAAGUUCCCUGUUACAAAAGUAGCUUCAGCCGAGAUUCAUUUCCCGAUACUAGAAAGCCCUAGUAUCCAAAGAGGUUUCGUGGAUUUUGUCAUAGAGGGAGGUGUCUAUUCGAGUCUGUAUACCCUGACCAGUGCAACCAGCGGUCAAGGAAUCAACCAUCUCAGUUAUUACCCAAAUCCAUACAAGAUGCUUAGCAUUGUACUCUCCGAUCGCAUGUUCAAUUCACUAGCUGAACUAUACUACAAGGCAGGAGUCGUGCGCAUCGAUGAGAUACAGAUCAAUGACGUUAAUCCCUCCCUGAAGGUCAACAUUGACUUGGUACGCCCGCCGUUCACCAAUACCAAUGCCAGUGGUUCCUUUUUCACGCUUUACCUAAACGGGACGGUUAAAGAUAACUCAUCAAACUACGAAGUGGGUUUGCUUGUAACAGGCGACUUUAGAAUCCAAGAAGAAGACAGAGUCCUGUCGGGUAAAGUUAGCAACCUAAGGUUUAAUCUUACAGAUUGUGCAGAAAACGCGCCAAAGGAUUUGAGGGACAUUAUUGUACCUUCUUUAUUCUCGUCCAGGGAUGAUCUUGCCGAAAUUGUCAGCAACAGUUUCAUGAAUGACAUGGCGCCUCUUCCACUCAUUCCAACAGUCAAGAUAGUGAACAAGCGUGUUUUGUACGAGCAGGGAUACACUGUGUUCGAGUGUGACCUUGUGGAGAAGAAAUAAAACCAUUGCAGAAGGCCUGGACUAUCUAUCUCUGAUAGGCCUGUCGUCGCUGACGUCAUUGCUUACAGUUUUUCUUAUUAGCAUAAAUCGAACUUCGAGUAACAAACAAACAUAAUUCACGAAGAAAGAGAAUAUUCACCUUAAUUAUUAACAAUUUUUUCUAGAGUUUAUCUAAAUUUUGCAAAGUUGAUAAAUGGUUAAUACAUUGAUCAUCAGUAUAUUUACGCAAGUGAAUAUAAUAAAUUGCGCUUAUUGAUUACAAUUUAUGUCUUAUGUUGCUAUAGCUAUAUUUACCUACAGGUGAAUAUAGCGUGCGCUUGUUUGUCGAUUCGUGCCUCUUGCAGAUAUAAAUAGAAUUUGAAAAAAAAGUGCAUUGGAAUUUGUGCAUUGAAGGUUGUCUUCCAAGAGAAUUGUAAAAUACCUCCUCGUGCUAUGUGGCGAAACUUUAUUUGAUUUUCAUGAAAAAGCCUUGAAAAUAUAAAAUAAAUAAUGCUCAAUCUCAUACCCAUU